AAGUUCCAAGUUCCAACCCCUUCGCAUCGCCCUCUUUCUCUCUCCUCUUAUUCUCCUCUCUCUCUCUCUCUCUCUUUCUCUCUCUCUCGGAGAUGGCCGAGAAUAGUAGUGGGAUGGAGGAGAGUAACGGCGAUGGCUACGUCUCUUCGCCCUCCAUUAUGAAUGAUAGAAAUCUUCCCAGGGCGAACACCAUGCCAGGAGGGACAAAAAAUGGCGAAAAGUCUGAGACAUCUACAGGCCCGUCAAAUCUGGAAAAAUCGAGGACCGAAAGACGAAGGCAGAGUAGCCCACGCAAUGAUCCUGCAUCUCAAUUAUUUGAUGACAAGAUCUCAGUUAAAAAGAAGCUGAAAAUGUUAAAUCGGAUAGCUACAGUGAAAGAUGAUGGAACUGUAGUUGUGGAUGUCCCAAGCAACCUAGAAAAUGCUUCUCUUGAUCUUGGAGGUGAAGAUGUUUAUGGGGAAGCAGUUGAUGAGGAGUCAUUAGAUUCAGCAGACCUGCAAUACAGGCCGCCUCUGCAAAUAGUUAUUCUUAUAGUUGGUACAAGAGGAGAUGUACAGCCAUUUGUUGCUAUUGGAAAACGUUUACAGGAUUACGGGCAUCGUGUUAGGCUAGCAACUCACGCCAAUUUCAAGGAGUUUGUACUGACUGCAGGGCUAGAGUUUUAUCCUCUAGGCGGAGACCCGAAAGUUCUUGCCGAAUACAUGGUCAAGAAUAAAGGGUUUUUACCUUCAGCUCCAUCAGAAAUUCCUAUUCAACGAAAACAAAUUAAGGAGAUCAUAUUUUCCUUGCUUCCUGCUUGCAAGGAUCCAGAUGUUGAUACUGGUAUUCCUUUCAAAGCAGACGCCAUUAUUGCUAACCCGCCAGCUUAUGGACACACACAUGUGGCAGAGGCGUUAAAAGUACCAAUUCACAUAUUUUUUACGAUGCCGUGGACGCCCACAAGUGAAUUUCCACAUCCUCUUUCUCGUGUCAAGCAACCUGCUGGAUAUAGACUUUCAUACCAAAUUGUUGACUCUAUGAUUUGGCUGGGGAUACGAGACAUGAUUAAUGAUUUCAGGAAAAAGAAGUUGAAGCUACGACCUGUCACUUACCUAAGUGGUGCACAGGGUUCUGCUUAUGACAUCCCUCAUGGAUACAUCUGGAGCCCUCAUCUUGUUCCCAAAGCUAAAGACUGGGGCCCCAAGAUUGAUGUGGUUGGAUUUUGCUUCCUUGAUCUUGCUUCCAACUAUGAACCACCUGAAUCACUUGUUAAAUGGCUUGAAGCUGGAGACAAGCCCAUUUAUAUUGGAUUUGGUAGCCUACCAGUACAAGAACCAGAAAAAAUGACUAGAAUCAUUGUAGAGGCACUUGAAAUAACAGGACAGAGAGGCAUUAUUAACAAAGGUUGGGGCGGCCUUGGGAAUUUGGCAGAGGCAAAAGAUUUUGUAUAUUUACUGGACAAUGUUCCCCACGACUGGCUCUUCUUGCAGUGUAAGGCAGUGGUGCAUCAUGGUGGUGCUGGAACAACAGCUGCUGGACUCAAGGCAGCGUGUCCAACAACCAUUGUACCCUUUUUUGGUGAUCAACCAUUUUGGGGGGACCGUGUGCACAGUAGAGGAUUAGGACCCCCUCCUAUACCUGUUGAUCAAUUCACAUUACAAAAAUUGGUUGAUGCUAUAAAAUUCAUGUUGGACUCGAAGGUGAAAGAACGGGCUGUCGAGCUGGCUGAAGCCAUGGAAUCAGAAGACGGUGUGACAGGAGCAGUCAAAGCCUUUCUGAAGCAUCUUCCGCCGAAAAUGCCACCUCAACCUCCUCCGGCGCCGUCAAGCUUCAUAGACCCACUUCUAGCCCCUGUAAAGAGAUGUUUGGGCUGUUCCUGAUUCUCCUGCAUGCACCUCUUCCUUUUUGUGGAUCCAUCAACAACCAUUUUUCCAGCCUCAAAAGGAAACAAAUCGAACUUUAGUGUAACUAUUUUGUGUAAUAUUGUCUUUUAUUUUGUUGUUUCAUUAUUUACGAGCUAUCAUUUUCAUACGAAAUGCAACAGUAGGGGGCAGAAAAUUAAUUUCUCGAACGUAAUAUUGCCAAUUUUAUUCUAAUUGCAAUUGUUCUCUUUUGAAUACAGAGUAGAAAUAUUAGUGGCUUCCAAGGUUGGAUGAUCUUUCUGUUGUUGGCUACUCACAGUAGAAAGUAAACCUUCUAUUUGGUCCUGA